AUGGCCGCCGGUGGUAUUAGCAUGAAUCAACGAAACAAUUUAUCACCCUUUGCUGAUCAAGAUCCUCGUGAUGGUAUGAGUGCAUCAACUAAACGUCAUUUUGAUCAUGUUAAACGAAAAAUGUUAGCUUUUGUCGAUCGACAACAUCGUAGAAAGAAAACCGAUCGUGGUAUGCAAUAUCCACCACUUCCUCCAUUUCAACAUCAUCCUCCUCCACCUCCAGCUUUUGCUGAUAAAAAUCGUGCACCUAAACAACUUGGACGUCAUGCGACACCAUUACUAUUACAUAAACAAUCACCACAUUUUCCCGGACAUGUAACACCUCAAAAACAAUUAAUGCAUCAUGGAUUUGCGACACCACAAGCUCAACAUCGAAUGGGAAAACAAGGAUCACAUGAAGGAAAACUACAUCCUAAUGUUGCUUUCUUCUAG